CCUAAAACUGCAAUUAACGCGGGUUGCUUGAACGACUUCAGACAAGUACAAACAAAUAAGAUUUGAUUGAUCUUAUUGGUAAACGUGCAUUCCAGUAGUGCGCAUGCCAGUUUUAUUUUAAUAGUUCAGUAGAAUGUAACGUCAAUAAUAUUGGUUUUAUUGGAACAUUUAACUAAUGAUUUAGUUUUGACCGGUUAUUUUCAAACGAAAAAUUGAAUAACAAUGGCAGAUGAAUUAUUUACCAAGAGACUUCCAAUUUUAGUUAAGUCUCCCGAUCGCGAAGACAGACGAGAACACGUUCUGUUGAAAAUGGAACUACAGACGAUAACGUCACCACUACAUAAGAAGGAAUUAGUUGUCAGACUGACAGAUGAGAGAGACCUGUUUUUCUUGUAUACACUGCGAUUGGGAGAAGAAGAUUUUCAGAGCUUGAAAACACAACAAGGACUUUUAGUGGACUUUGCACAGUUUCCACAGAAGUUUAUUGAUUUACUUGACAUGUGUUUAAGAGAAGAACACAAAGAGGUCCCAAAAUUUGUGUUACAUUUCAUCUCCCAGGGAUCAUUUAAUGGAGAGAGGACAACCUGUGUGUUGAAUGUGAUAGAAACCAACCCAUUCAAACAUCUUACUCACCUCAGUCUGAAGUUCAUACCAGGGACAGACUCGGACAUUAAGAAGUAUUUAGCAGAUUGUUUAAAACAAUUCAAGGACACUAAUUCCUUAUUACAACAAAGACUAGAGCACACAGAUACAGACUUAAAUCAGAAACUGCAGCAAACUUCUGAGACAUUGAAUAGCAAGACCAUAGAGCUUGAUCAUCUAAAGGCAGAGUGGACUGCCAAAAUGAAUGAUUUGGCAGCCAGACAUAAACAUGAGAUGGCUACAGAAAAGGAGAAAACUAUUCAGAUGCAAAGUAGUUUCCAGCAAAGGCAAGAUAGGGAAAGGAAAGAUAUGGAGCAGGCACACAUGAAGAUAGUGAAGCAGUUAGAGUCCAGGCUGUAUGAAAUGGAAGGGGUCAACAAGGAUUUAACAGACAGGAAGUAUAAAUCUGAGUCCACAAUCAGGGAACUAAAAUCCAAACUCUCUACUUUGGAAGAGGAGCACCUUCGAGUCAAACAGGAACUGCAAAGUUUAAGGAAGCAGAACUCUUCUCUAGAUGGGGAGUACCACGAGAAGGAAAAAUUGAUCCAUCAACUGACCACUAGAGUAGCAGUCCUAGAACAGGAGGUCAAGGACAAAGAGAUGGUCAUUGUCAAGUCUACAGACCUACUCGGCUCAGAACAGGAUAAAAAGAUUCGUCUAGAAGAAGAGUUAGAGUACAAGCAGAAGGAGAAUCACAAACUGGAAAACAAAGUGAAAGCCAUGUCUGAGGAGUUGAUGAAGGGAAAUGAGAUUAUAAAGAAACUUCAAGGGGAGAUAAAAAAUUACCAUGCUAAGGUUAAGCUACGCAGUCAGAUUGCUAAUGAACAAGAGAAGUUACUUGGUGAAAAGGACCAAGAACUAGAAAGGUUAAGACAAGAACUUGCCAGCACAAAGGAGAAUCUGAGGCAGAAAGAAGAUGAGAGUAAAAAACUGUCAGAUAACUUAGAAACUACAGUACAAAAGCUGGAGGAAAGCAGACAGCUUCUGAAAACAAAUGAAAAUGUGAUACAGUGGUUAAAUAAACAAAUCAAUGAGACCCAGCUAACACAUCAAAGAGUGGGAACAUUUGAGGCUCCAGGGGCCACAACUAACUUCAGACCUUCAGGAUCGGCACUGCAUAACUACAGUACAUCUAGCUAUGGUUCAAUGAACUCCCAAACUGAUGUGCCUGGUCCAGGGUCAGGGGUAGGCAUCCCCAGGAGCUACCCUAAUACUCACAGACAACCCCAGGUCCAAUACAAUCCUGGUCAGCCUCGUAGGACAGGUCUACCUCAGCCAAUGACCAGAGCUUCUCACCCUCCCUCAAUUCCAGAGGAGACUCGACCUAAGUCUUCACAGUCCUCGACAGUCACAGGACUUUCGGGAGGGGACAAGGAAAAUGACCCACCUCUAGAUCCAAAGUACCUGCAGAAAAGAGAGGAACCGAUACACUUACGAGGAUUAGGGGGACGGAUGGAGUCCCCGCCCUUCAUACAAACUUCAGUAGUUCCGCCAGUGCAUGCUACAAGGGUGGGGCAGCACACAAUGGCCUCCAAAACCAGUCAACCUCCUUUAGCCUCUGCUUAUUUCCCAGGCCAAAAAAUGUCAUGACACCCAUACAGAAAAACAUAGUCUUUCAAUUUUCCGAAUUGUAAAUUGAACACAAUAUUGUGGGGUACUUACAAAAGCAGCGAAGUAUUUGGAUACCAGUUUGGAGAAUUUUCAGUUGCAAUACUGAUAGUUAUAUUCAUUGUCUUCAUAUGGUCUCAAUAACUUUAUAGAUCUGCAAUAUAUACCCCUUUAUACACUUUUUAUUGAGAGAAAUGAAAUCAUGGAAUAACACAUGUGGAGGGGUAUUAAUUUAUACUGUAAAAAGAUGCUUUUGUACCAUAUUGAAUGUUAAUGUCAUUUUGUUUUAUUGAUCAUAGUAUAUCUAUAUGUUUGAAUGUUAUUUUUAAUUGUUAUAGUGCUGUGAGCAGUCACAUUAAAUCUAUUACUGUAACAAUGAAUUGCAAUAUAAAAUAUCUUUACAAAG